CUGAACCUGGAACUAUUCGUUACCAGAAGCAGCAACUUCUUUCACUCUGCAUCCUGGAGGGGAAAAUGAAUUUCACGAAUUGCACCACUGAAGCCAAUGUGGCUGCAAAGCCAAAAACAGUAACUGAAAAGAUGCUCGUUACCCUGACCUUGGCCACAAUCACAACCUUGACUAUGCUGCUGAAUUCUGCUGUAAUUGCGGCGAUCUCCACAACCAAGAAGCUCCACCAGCCAGCAAAUUAUUUAAUAUGUUCACUAGCUGUGACAGAUCUCCUUGUUGCUGUUCUUGUCAUGCCCUUGAGCAUCACUUACAUAAUGAUAGAUAAAUGGACUUUGGGAUACUUCAUCUGUGAGAUCUGGCUUAGUGUCGACAUGACCUGUUGCACGUGUUCAAUCCUUCAUCUGUGUGUCAUUGCUCUGGACAGGUACUGGGCAAUCACAGAUGCUAUCGAAUACGCCAGGAAAAGAACAGCAAAAAGGGCUGGGUUGAUGAUAGUCACUGUGUGGACCAUCUCCAUUUUCAUAUCAAUGCCUCCUUUGUUUUGGAGAAAUCACCACAGCGUUAAUAUUCCCAGUGAGUGUCGCAUUCAGCAUGAUCAUGUCAUCUACACUAUUUAUUCCACAUUUGGGGCUUUUUACAUCCCCUUGACUUUGAUCCUGAUCCUGUACUACAGAAUUUACCACGCUGCAAAGAGCCUUUACCAAAAGCGGGGUUCAAGCCGCCACCUCAGCAACAGGAGCACCGACAGCCAAAACUCCUUUGCCAGCUGCAAGCUCACACAGACGUUCUGCGUCUCGGACUUCUCCACAUCCGACCCGACAACGGAGUUUGAUAAAAUCAAUGUGUCCAUGAGGAUCCCUCCUUUCGAGAAUGACCUGGACCUGACUGGCGACCGGCAGCAGAUCUCCACAACGCGGGAACGAAAGGCUGCUCGCAUUCUGGGGCUGAUUUUAGGUGCUUUCAUUUUGUCCUGGUUGCCCUUUUUCAUUAAGGAGCUGCUUGUGGGCCUCCACAUUUGCACUGUCUCUCCAGAAGUAGCAGACUUCUUGACCUGGCUGGGAUAUGUCAACUCCCUUAUCAACCCUUUGCUGUACACUAGCUUUAAUGAAGAUUUCAAGCUGGCUUUUAGAAAGCUCAUCAGGUGUCGAGAACAUACUUAAAAGUACUGGGAGAUGAUGAUGAUGACGUGACUCCUGGCCUUAACAACGAGCAAAGUAAUUUGACUCCGUUGCCAUUUCCCUUGAUAAAGGGGAUUUUUGUGUUUUCCUAUUUGCUUGACUUAUCUUUAGCCUGUAAUUCGUUCUGCCGUUUUUUACCUCUAGUGUUAUUCAUGGUAAAGAGUUUGAAAUAAAUUUAUUCUACAAAGGAACAGAUUUUUUAGCAAUGAAACAACAAAAAAAGAAACACGUUCAAGACAUUUUGUGUAAUCAGUGAUUCAAGAAGCAAACAACAAUAUUCACUUUUAUACUUUUUUCAUUUAAGAAUCAAAUGUCUAAAUUGUUGUGCACUGUAGUAAUAUAAAGGCUUAUAAACUGAACCCCAUAAAUACAUAUUCAAAAAUUAAUAAACACUUUAUUGUCAUGACAGCUAAACAGCAAAUCUUAAGUGUGGCGUUCUGAGAAAACUGUAACAGUCAUUGGGAAGGAAA